AUGACCAUGACUUCCACUACCGCAGAAGCAGCUACCACUAUCCUGGUGUCAUGUAAACAGACUCGCUUCCAUAUCGAGAACCCUGUAUAUCAAGAGCUUGACAUCGAAGGCCUGAACAUAACUGUCACCUCCGCUGGGCCAAAAGGAGCCAAGCCCAAAGGCAAAGCCCGAGCUGAUGGUCUCGAAAUCCUUGCUAAUGCAAGCUUGAAACUAAAGGCUGGUGUACACUAUGCAUUGAUUGGAAGAAAUGGAACAGGAAAGUCAACCAUCUUGAAAGCUAUUGCCGAGAAACUCAUUCCAGGCAUUCCCAUUCAGACUAGAAUUUCAAUUCUGCAGCAGACUUCGAAUGAUGGGUCAGAAGAGGGUGAGGUCACCAAUUCGUUGCAGAAUAUCAGGCUUGAAGGGAACCAGUUAUCUGUUCUGGAAGCGGUGAUCGAUAGGGCGACUUCGAGGAGUGAGAUUCAACGAGAGAUUGAUAUUCUGUCCAAAGCAAUCGAUACUCCGGAAUCUGCUCUCUCUCCUUUACGAGCAUUUCGUCGAGUCCAGCAUGAUCGAUUGAAGAAGGAACUUUUUGAGCAUGACAAAGAUGCUCGCUUACGGAGUGGAACUAGAGGUAUGGCGGCUAGGAAGGCUUUGAUUGCUUUCGAGAAGAAAGUAGCGGAGUCUGAAGAACGUGUCAACCAAACAGAUGAAGAAAUCGACGAGGGCACAGUCAAGGAAGAAACCCAUGCAGCAAGCGACCUUGUCGUCGAGCUUCAAUCUCAAAUCGAACCAGGACGAAUCGCAGAUAUCGAAGUCAAGGCGAGGAGUAUCCUCUCUGGUCUUGGAUUUCCAAAAAGUAAUCUGGAAAAGCCCGUUUCUACGUUGUCUGGAGGAUGGAAAAUGCGAACAAAUCUGGCUAGCGUUCUGCUCCAACCUACCGAUAUUCUCAUCCUCGAUGAGCCCACCAAUUUCCUCGAUCUUCUCGGAAUCAUCUGGCUUCAAAAGUUCCUUGUCCAGCUUCGUGACUCUGGUCCCAAUCCUCCAUCGGUAGUUCUGGUUUCCCACGAUCGAGACUUCAUCAAUACCGUCUGCCAAGAACUCAUCAUCCUUCGUGACCAAGACUUAACUUACUUCCGAGGUGAUCUUACAGCAUAUGAUCACUCAGUCCGAGAUAAGAAGCUGUAUCUCGGCCGCAUGAAAGAAGCUCAAGACAAGCAGAAAGCACAUAUGCAGCAAACGAUCCAGCAGAAUAUCAAGCAAGGAAAAGCAGCUGGCGAUGAGAACAAGCUUCGUCAAGCCAAAUCCCGGCAGAAGAAACUCGAUAAUAGAAUGGGAAUGGAGAAGAACGCAACAGGAGGCCGGUUUAAACUAAAUCGAGAUUUGGUCGGGUACCACCUCACAGCCAGAGCUGAAAUCGACAUCCCCGUGGACGAAAGAGGCGUCUCCAUCCUCCUCCCACCAGCACCAGACCUCCGCUUCCCAGGCCCAUUAGUCUCCCUCGAAAAAGUAACGUUCAGAUAUCCAAUUCUCAAGAAAUCUCAACCUCCACCACCAAACAUCCUCCAAGAAGUCGACCUCACUAUCCAUAUGGGUGAUCGCGUCGGUAUCGUCGGCCUCAACGGCUGCGGUAAAUCAACUAUCAUCAAACUCCUCACCGACACCACUAAACCCACCAAAGGAACAGCAACACGACAUGCCCGCCUCAGAAUGGGAUACUACUCCCAACACGCCGUCGAGGAGCUCCAAACUCUCGGCCGGACUACACCUGAACUCACAGCCCUCAUUUUGCUCACCAAGGACGUCGAAUCCGAACUGGACGAGGGCGAAAUCCGCGGCUUGCUAGGGUCACUUGGCCUCCCUGGCCGAACGGCAUCAGAUGUCCCCCUGACAAAACUUUCAGGCGGCCAGCUCGUGCGCUUAGCACUCGCACGCCUCCUCUGGAAAAGCCCGCAACUUCUCGUCCUCGAUGAAAUUACCACGCAUCUCGAUUUCCACACUGUGACUGCGCUUGCUGAUGCAUUGAGUUCCUGGAAUGGAGCUAUUCUUGUGGUUAGCCAUGAUCGGUAUUUGAUCAGGAGGGUUGUGGAGGGGGAGAAGGAUGAAGUGGGGAGUGACGAGGAGGAUAGUGAGAGCGAGGAUGAUGGUGCGGCGGCGAGGAGGACGGUGUUUUUGUUGAAGGGGGGUGCGUUGAAGGUGCUUGAGAGGGGGGUCAGUGCCUUUGAGGAGAGUUUGGAGAAGAGAGUUGAAAAGUUGUUGUCUUCUUGA